AUGCCGGCCGCCGCGCCGCCCCCGCUCCACCCCGCGGCGGGCUCCUGCUGCCCCUACGGCCACUGCGCGGGACACCGAGGCUUGUUUGACCAUUCGUUACACAAUGCAAGCUCAAAAGUGAAAGAGAGGAAACUACAAGGGACUUGUCCUCCUGUUGGUCGUGGAAACUAUGGAAAACCAUGUUUGAAUGAAAGCAGUCAUAGGUCCCCAUUUUUUAAUCCCCGUAAUGGUUUUCACACGAUACAUUCAGAGCACAGUCCUGUGAAGCCAAGGAUUAUUACAGUGGUGAAACCCAGUGGACGGACACUCAGAAGGAUAACCUUGCUUCUGAACAGGAGAUCGGUCCAGACCUUUGAACAGCUGAUGGCUGACAUUUCAGAAGCUCUGGGAUUUCCACGCUGGAAGAAUGACCGUGUGAGAAAGCUUUACAAUCUGAGAGGCAGAGAAAUCCGAAGUCUUUCUGACUUCUUUGGGGAAGGUGAUGCAUUCAUAGCUAUGGGGAGGGAGCCCCUAACUUUGAAGAACCUGGAAGUGGUAUUACAAGAACUUUAUCCUGAAAAUCCUUAUGCUGCCAGUGCUGCCAUUCAGCAGAACGAGGAGCAGUCCCAAAAACUGACAAGCAGGCUGUAUGACAAAGCUUCGAAAGUGGACAGUGGCUUUGAUGAGACAGAAAUUACCAAGAACUGCAGUGAAGGCAUGUCUCCCAAACUGGUAGCUGGACAUGAAGGAAAAAGUCAAGCCAAGACAAAGCAAGAGGAAAAAAUGAGAACCAAAAAAAAGUGGACCAGAGAGAGCUGGGGUGGUGAGCAAGGAGUGAAGCCUUCUAGAAAAACCCGAGAAAGCGAGAGGUACCUUAACCACGAGAGGAGUCCUGAGGAGGGAUUAGAAGAGAGUUCAGAGGAGGUGGUGAGGUGUGAGAAGUGUGAACGGGAAAGGCAGGCCAGACAAAAGUUACAAAGGGAAAGGCAGGCCUCAUUUGAGAACAGAAACCUGAACACAGGCGCAUGUCAGAGGUACCAUGUAGAAAGAAAUGCAAAAAUCAGGAAUUGCCGAAAAUCUUCAGAAACUUGUCUGGAAGGUGAGGAAGUUGGUUGGAAAGAUAAUGGCUGUAGGAGGACGUGGAAGCCCUUACGUAGGAAUGUUAAUGAAGGGCUGGAGAAGCAAAAAAGGAGCAUUGAGAAGGAAAGGGAUGUGGAGAAACAUGAAAACCAUGGGAAGGAAGUAGUAAAAAUCAAGAAGAAUGCUGUAGAAGGGCUGCAGCUAACUCAUGAAGUGAAGGAGGAGAAUGGAAGUAGCUGCAUAAUGAACCAAAGUGGUUGGCUAAAGAAAGACAGUCCAAGGGAUGCUGAGAAACCAUCUAAAACACAUAAGGAGGGCAGAGAGGGCCAAAGGGCUAAAGAGGAGGGUGCCAGAAGAGAGGGGAAUAUCACGCGUAGAGAGAGUGAUGUGACGCGACGAGAAAAAACAGGGGAGCGCAGAGUGAAUAAAGAAGAAAACAAGGCUCAGGGAUUGGAAAACACAAGCCGGAGGCAUGCCAUUAAAAACAGAACUGAUGUGGAAAAACACUAUGAGAUUGGCAGAACUAUUGGGGAUGGGAACUUUGCAGUGGUGAAGGAAUGUCGCCACUGUGACUCCAAUCAGAUCUAUGCCAUGAAAAUUGUUGAUAAAUCCAAGCUGAAGGGGAAAGAAGACAUGAUGGAAAGUGAAAUUCUGAUCAUUAGGAGUCUCUCUCAUCCCAAUAUAGUAAGCUUAAUUGAAGUGUAUGAGACAGAAGCUGAGAUCUACCUAAUCCUAGAGUAUGUCCCAGGAGGGGACUUAUUUGAUGCAAUCAUAGAAAGUGUGAAGUUCACGGAGCAUGAUGCUGCUGUCAUGAUCACUGACCUGUGUGAAGCACUGGUUUAUAUUCACAGCAAGAACAUUGUCCACAGGGACCUCAAACCAGAGAAUCUUUUGGUUCAGCAUAAUGCAGAUAAAUCUACUACACUGAAACUAGCAGAUUUUGGCCUUGCAAAGCAGGUUACAAAACCCAUAUUUACUGUGUGUGGAACACCAACGUAUGUUGCCCCUGAAAUACUUGCUGAGAAGGGCUAUGGGCUUGAAGUAGAUAUGUGGGCAGCUGGUGUGAUCCUUUACAUUCUGCUCUGCGGUUUUCCCCCUUUUCGCAGUCAGGAACGUGAUCAAGAAGAGCUGUUUCAGAUCAUACAGCUGGGUCACUACGAGUUCCUUUCCCCAUACUGGGACAAUAUUUCUGCAGCAGCAAAAGACCUCAUAACCAGGCUGUUGAUAGUGGAUCCCCAGAAGCGCUACACAGCACGACAAGUACUUCAGCAUCCUUGGAUCAGAACAGCUGGAAAAACUAACAGCAGAAAUUUGCAGAGGGAAGUGACAAUAAAUAUUGAGCGUCAUUUCCGGGCCCAGCGCCGAAAGGAAGUUGUAGAUGAGGACACAUGA